CUGGGAGGCAGGGCCUGCCCCGGCCUGGUCGCGCUGUCGCCGCCUCCCGCUCUCAGAGGUAACCCGGCGACUGCCUGGAGUGGGCUGGACCAGGAAUUACUUUCUGGCCAAUCUGGUGACGCUUUGGCAGAAAUUAAGAAGGAAAAUAUCCCCCUUAAGAGCAAAAAGCUAAUUGCUUGGAUGGACCCUGUCACCAGAGCCCUGCCAGGCAAACACCUGGGAAAGUGCUGGGAGUGGGUGCCAUUGAUGCUUAAUACCACUGAUAUUCUCUAAAGUUCCAAAAUAGGACUUAAAGGUAGUUGUUGUUUUUUUUUGUCAUAGACACAUGUUCAGUGGGAGAAUUGGACUUGACUGAACAGACUUCUGUGUUAUUAGGGAGUAAAGCCAUGGCAACUAGUCUCACGGGCGUAGGAAAUUCAUUUGGUCAUCCAACUAGUACUUUAGUUAAUAGAUCGAGAAACUCAUCGGUGCAAGACAAUGAUGAUGAUGUUGUGUUUAUUGAAUCUAUACAUCCUCCUUCAACUUCUUCAGCAAUAGUUGAUCAAAACAAUUUUAUAUUUGCUUCAUCAAGAAAUGAAAAACUACAAGGAAAUGAUUCCCUAAUUCCUCCCUCAAGAGAUUUGGCUUCUCAAAAGGGAUAUAUAAGUGAGACUAUUAUUAUUGAUGAUGAAGAGGACAUAGAAACAAAUGGAGGGAAAAAGAAUUCUUUCAGUUUUAUUGAAUGGGGACUUCCAGGAACUAAAAACAGAACCAAAGAUGUGGACUUCUCCACUUCCAGUCUUUCAAGAAGAAAGACCAAGACUGCAGUAGGACCUUUUAAUCCUGGUAGGAUGAAUGUGGCAGGAAAUGAAUUUCAGAAAGGAGAACUUGCGACUCAUCAUAGUCCUGAUUCUUGGAUCUCCCAGUCAGCAUCAUUUCCGCGUAAUCAGAAACAGCCAGGGAUGGAUUCUUUAUCACCAGUGGGCUCACUUCCUAAACAGAUUUGCCAGUCUUCAGCCAAACAGCAACUUACUAAACCAGCUAAAAUCACUUGUGCACACUGCAAAAAACCUUUACAGAAGGGACAAACAGCUUAUCAACGAAAAGGAUCAGCUCACCUCUUUUGUUCUACCACCUGCCUUUCCUCCUUCUCUCAUAAGCAUACUCCAAAGAAACACAAUGUAAUGUGUAAAAAAGAUGUACCUGCAAAAAGGGCUACUGUUGUUCCUCAAGUGCAGUUGAGCCAGCCCUUCCAGGAAUUCUGCAGUACAUACUGUGUGUCUCCCUACGAAGACAACCAGAGUCUCAGAAAAAGAAUUUCAAAUAAAUCAAGAUGUACAGUCUGUAGUAAACUAGCAGAGAUUCGCCAUGAAGUCAGCGUUAAUAAUGUGACACACAAACUGUGCAGUAACCACUGCUUUAACAAGUACAGGUUGGCUAAUGGUCUGAUAAUGAAUUGCUGUGAACAUUGUGGAGAGUACCUGCCUAGCAAAGGUUCUGGAAACAUUGUCCUGGUGAUUGAUGGCCAACAGAUGACAUUCUGCUGCCAAAGUUGUGCUAAUGAAUAUAAACAGAUGUUGGAAGCAAAAUCAAAGAAAAUAUCCAUAUCAGAAAACAGAAAAAGAAAUGCUAUUAGAGAAGAAAAUGAAAGGAAAUUAUAUGGAUCAUUGAAUACACUUUUGGAAAAAAUAGAGGGAAUACCAAGAAAAAAGGAAAAGACUUCAGAGCCACAGGUAUCAGCAGAGUGCAAGAUAGAUGCAUCACUAACCAAACAGGAUAUGAAUUUACCUGCUUCUGUGUCCAUCAUAGAUGAUACAUUUCAAGAGCAACUGGAAAAUAAAAAAUCUGAAGGCUCCACUCAAGCAGUUGUGCUUUCUGGAGAUCCAGGCACAUGGCCCCGAUUUUUAAAUAUUAAACAACGGAACAUUCUUAUAGAAAAUGAUCCCCCUCAAGUAAGAAAUUUUAACUUUCCAAAAGACAAUACAGGGAGGAAGUUUUCAGAAACUUAUUAUACACGAAUUCUUCCAAAUGGUGAAAAAACCCCUAGAUCCUGGUUGCUUUAUUCAACCUCAAAAGAUUCUGUGUUUUGUCUAUAUUGCAAACUCUUUGAGGGAGGAAAAAAUCAAUUGAAGAAUGAGAAUGGGUGCAAAGAUUGGCAGCACUUAUCACACAUUCUUAGUAAACACGAAGAAAGUGACAACCACAUCACCAAUAGUUUUAAGUAUUCAAAAUUAAAAUCUGAUGUGGAAAAAAAACAAAACUAUUGAAACUGUAGAACACAGAGAACAUGAGAAUGAGACCAAUGAGAGUGUGCUGUUGCUGUACACGUGAUAUACCUGGUAGGAUCUUAUGUUCACUCACAGAUCUGUACUUCACAGUCAAUACCAUUGUGUUCUAAGGCUCCUACAGAGAGUAACUCAAUAGUCCAUUUGCAAUAAGCAUAAUGGCAAAGAAAUAGUAAAGAAUGUUUGUUUUCCAAAUUCUAAAGGUAUUUUGAUUCAAUAGGAAUUAAUGCAGGUUUCAGUAAACGCAGUUGUUAAUUUUUUCAAUCUAUCCACACGUUUUUAAAAUGGCAUUUGAUAGGUUUGGUUAAUUUUCUAUUCUAAGUAGAAAGCACAGAAAGAGGUAGAAAAAGGCUUAACUUUAUCAAUACCAGUUUGAACAAGAUACUUAUGUGAACAAGUGUUCUCAUCAUUAUUAUUAAAGUAAAAACAUUCAGCAGCAGUCUAAAAAUAGAGUCGGAUAUGAAACUACAGAUUUUUGCUAUUAAACCAAAUACUUGUGAUUU